AGUCCUCAUUCCCAACCACCUGGCCCAACACCCUGCAAUCAUCCCCUGAAUCCACACCGGCUCCUGAGACACUCCUUGCUCCUGGGCCUGACACCACAUCUCCACCUGAUCCUUCCCUGCCACAGCAAAACCAGAUCCAACCUGUAUUCUCCCCCAAGCAAACACUAAGGGCCAGGCUGUUCCAGGGGAAGACAGGCCGGGCUCCCUUCAAGUUUCCCCCUGACACUGAGAGACACGAUUCUGGAGCAAGCCAGCAGUGGGUGGCUGCAGCAGGUGAAGUGGAGAUCGUGCUGAUGGAACCGAAAGGCCGGCUGCCAAUGGGGGAACCCCAAGGGACAGGCAGCCAUGCAAUGGGGCUCUUCCUGGGGGGCUGUGGUCUGCUGCUGUGUCUUUUUAUCGGCAUCUAUUGCACCUACAGCCGUGGGGCCAAGAAGGAGCCUUUUUCUCACCAUCGGCUGUAUGAUGAUGGAUUUGACGAUCCUGCUCUCUUCCUGGACAACCCAAAAGAUUAUGACUGGUUCUUCUACGAGACGGAUGGUUAUGUCUACCCCACGCCUUCCCAAACCUAUCCCAAACCAAUCCAGACCCUCUCCAUCCCCACUCUGAAACAGCCUACCUCUGCACUUGAAAAGUCCUCAGGGAAGCUGGAAACUUCAGAGGUCACACCGGAUGCCAAGCCAUCCUCACUGAGGCUAGAAUGUCUGUCCCCGGCCAACCUACAUACCAGGAACUUCAUGUGAGGCUCCCAUUCUCUCCAGAAGUCUGGGCUGGGUGCAAAUCCCUUUUCCCC